CAAUAUAAAUAUUUGGCCUUGUUAUCAACAAAAGGUUCUAUCUAAAGAUAUACGCAGUAAUUAUCACAAACCGUUCCUGAUGAUGGAUGCUCCACAUGAUUCUCACGGAGAAGGAGAAGAAGAGACUCUCUGUGAUGCUCCCGUUCCUGAAAAGAUCUUUGACUCGGAAUCAGAAUCGUCAGAUUCGGACUCUGUUGAAUCAGCAGAUUCAAUGACAUUCGAUGAGACUCAAACAACCAGUGAUUACCAACAGAAACUGAUCUCAUCAUUCACCGAGAUAGCUGUAGGUCAAACCACGGAAACAGCCAUGCAGUUCUUAGAGACGACAAAUUGGAACCUCGAAAAAGCCAUUAAUCUCUUUUUGGUUGGAUCAUAUACGACCAAGUUACCUCCUCUGGAAUUUCUUUUCGAGGGUUCGUUUGAUGAUGCAAAAUCAACAGCUUCACAGAGGAAUCUAUGGUUGCUAGUGAAUCUCCAAUCCACGAAAGACCAUGCUUGUCAUUCACUUAACCUAGAUUUAUGGUCAAACGAAGUCGUUUCUCAAGCCAUUGAGCCCAGCUUCAUCUUAUGGCAAGUCUACGAUGUUACCACACAAGGACAGAAGAUCUCAACUUUCUACAAGAUCGGGUCUGCUCGUCCCGUGGUGCUCCUCGUUGAUCCCAUUACUGGUUUUAAGAUGCGUUCGUGGAGCGGGGUGAUUGACGCUCAUAGUUUUGUCCAGGAUUUGAUGGACUAUAUGUCUUCUGGUCCUCGCGAACACAUUGCUUCUCUGACAAGAAAAAAGCUCAUUAAAACAGAGAUGCUUUGUAAUGAAAGCAACCAGGCUAGAGAUCACAUGGUUGAGUCGGAGGCUUGUUCUUCAAGCAACCACAUUGAUCGUGUUGUGGCGGAGACUAACUGUGAUGAUAUCGUCGAAACAGUUGAGACCAAGACUUUACCCAUACAUGAGGAGGAGGAGAAUUGUUUAGAGUUUCCAGUAUUGACAGAAGAGCCAAAAGGAGACUGUGAUCGAAGCCUUGUGUGCAGUCUAUGCGUUCGGUUUCCAGAUGGGAGAAGAAAGCAGAGGAAGUUUCUCAAAAGCGAACCUAUUCAGCUUCUCUGGUCUUUCUGUUAUUCUCAGUCCGAGAAGAAGGCUUUUAAGUUGGUACAAGCGAUUCCUGGUGCUUCAAAGACUCUUGACUACGGAGCUAACGCCACGUUCGAACAAUCUGGGCUCGCAAACUCGAUGAUCUCGGUUGCUUGGGAGUGAAGAUUUGGAGUUUAGUCCCGAAGUAUUAGUUCUUUUUUUUCUUCUUCUUAUAUCUUGAUUUUAAUAGUUUGUUCCUUCAGUUAGUAGUGUCAAUGAGACCUCUUCAUCUAAAUAGUUUUUAUAAACC